AUGUCAAUAGACUUCUACAACCCCUUCGUGUCUCCUUCGUAUGGAUUCACCCUCGACAACUCCAUCGAUCACUACACAAAUAUCUUGAGAAAUUAUUCUCAAAACACUGGAGGAAAAUCUGCAUAUUCCUUCUCAAUUCCAUCAACAUUGCCUUUCGCACAAGAGUUCGACUUUAUAAUCGUGGGCGCUGGACCAACGGGAUGUGUUUUGGCUAAUCGCUUGUCAGAAAACCCCAAUUGGAAGGUUCUUCUUCUCGAAGCUGGAGGUCAAGAGACGUAUUUCCAUGGCGUUCCUCUCAUAGCAGCUUUUCUGCAGGCAACAGCCUCCAAUUGGGGUUAUUUGACAGAACCCGAGCCCGGAGUUUGUUUGGGAAUGUAUGGGCACCGUUGCGCAUUUCCUCGAGGGAAAGUUCUAGGUGGUUCAAGUUCAAUCAACUACAUGAUCUACAAUCGAGGAAAUCGUCGGGAUUUCGACAGAUGGGCGCAGGAAGGAAACUAUGGAUGGUCGUAUAAUGAAGUCUUGCCGUACUUCAUGAAGUCAGAGCGAUCAACGCUCAAAGGAGUCGUGGAUUCGUCUUAUCACAACAAAUAUG